AUGUCUGUCGUUGUUUACUGCCUGGCCUUCGUUCUUGGUGUGCUCGGGAAUGGAGUGGUUAUCUGGGUGACCGGGUUCAAGAUGAAGAAAACAGUUAACACAGUUUGGUUCCUCAACCUUGCUGUGGCCGACUUCCUCUUCACAGCAUUCCUCCCCCUGACAGUGACAUACACAGCCAUGGAUUUCCACUGGCCUUUCGGCAACUUCAUGUGCAGAGUUAAUUCCACCUUAACCUUUCUGAACAUGUUUGCCAGUGUCUACAUCUUGGUGGUGAUCAGUGUGGACAGAUGUGUGUCUGUGGUGUGGCCUGUCUGGGCCCAGAACCACAGAAAUAUACGCAGGGCGUCUUAUGUGAGUCUAGGUGUUUGGUUACUGGCUCUGAUUCUCAGUGCUCCAUACUUUGUCUUCAGGGAUACUUUUACAGAUAGAUAUAACACCACCCGCUGCUUCAACAACUUUGCUCUUUCUGAUGAUUCUGAAACAGGAAAGUUUCGACAUCAGGCCAUGGCCAUCACCAACUUCCUCCUGGGAUUUGUUGUUCCCUUCACUGUCAUUGUCUCCUGUUACACUGUGAUAAUCCAUCGUCUCAGGAGGAACUGCACCCUGGCCAGCAAGUCGAGUCGCCCCUUUAAGAUCAUCGCUGCUGUUAUCACCACUUUUUUCCUGUGCUGGACUCCUUUUCACAUCAUGCGUCUAUUAGAGUUGCAUCAUCACACGCGUUCUAAAACAUCCGGCUAUGUCCUCUCUAUUGGUCUGCCUAUAACCACCAGCUUGAUCUUUUUCAACAGUUGUCUGAACCCACUGCUGUAUGUGUUCAUGGGCCAAGAUUUUAAGGACUUAGUUCGCAAAUCCAUCCUGAAUAUAUUGGAGACUGCCUUCCAGGAAGAGGAAUGAUGCUCAUAUACUCACACAAACUUAACGGUCACCAGUCGGAGUAAAGACAAGUCAGUUUCUGAUGUUCAGGUAUAAGGUUGCUCACGACAUGAAUAA